AAAAAGAUUGGCCUCUUGACUGUUUUUAGAAAUGUAGGUAGUUGUCGGAUUUUUGACUGAAACACCGCGGGUAGUAAUAAAAUUCCUCUUUUAUAUGUCAAACGUUCCCCUCGUGUACGAAGGUGAUGGAGAUGCUUAUAAGGAAAGGGGCGAGAGUGAACGAGAAGAACAAGGACGGACAGACCCCCCUCCACGUGGCCACGGAACACGCCCAUUUAGACGCCAUGGAUCUACUACUGAGGCAUGGUGGCGCGGUGAACGCGUGCGACUCGCGCGGCGAGAGCGCGCUGAGCGUGGCGGCGCGGCGCGACUCGGCGGCCGCGUGCCGGCUGCUGCUCGCGUGCGGCGCCGACGCGCGCCCGGGCACCGCGCCGCCGCCGCCCGACGGUACUGUACCGCACGCCAACACACCACACGGCUGUAUAUGUACUCGUAUAUAUACAGUAACGUCGCGUUACUUACACCGUUUACAACUCGAGAAAGGCCGGAACGAUUUUUGUGAUUAAUUUGUCCUUUUUAGGUUUAGAAUAAUAACCAUUAAAAAUAUAUUUUAACAAAUUAAAAAAUAAAAUAGAGGACGUUUAAAACAAAGUCGUUUCCCGCUAUCUAUGCGCUGAGAUCUUUUAAACUACACGAAUACGUCAAAUAGCUGUUUGAUUAUUCUCACUUCAUUAUAAUAAAUGUGUGCUUAAGUGUAAAGAUACGUGUGUAAUAGGGAUGAUGACUAAUUUUUGUUUGUUUGUCCGUCAGGUAGAGUGUUAAAAAAUAUUAAACAAGUAUUUUUUUCAUUUUUUUCGUAAUCAUAAAAUUACGGCGUUACAUUGAGUUGAAAUUCCGCAUGACGUCACGUUAGGGUACGUUUUCUACUCAACUGUGACGUAGCGAGCCCCCACUCCUCAACUUUAAUGCCUGUUAGAGUUGAUGAAUUCUAUUUAAUAAAAAAAAAGCUGUUCAACUUACUGGUGUCAGAAACUUAUUAAGUUAGUACAACCGAUUUAUCUUAAUUCGAUUUUCUUUAAUCUAGGGUUUUCAUUUUGGUAUCAGCUGGUGGCAAGAAACACAAUAUACUUUUAUUUUUAAAUUGACUGACCUAAUCUAAAUUUAAGCGAAAUGAUUAAUUAUGUAAUAUCAACACUGUAUAGAUAUCUUUAAAAUACAUUAAGAUUGACGAAUAUAGCCGAAGCGCAUAAUUUAAAUAGUAUAUGUGUACGUGUGUACGGUACAGACGCGUGCGCGAACGCAGCGGCGUUGCGUCUCCUGGAGGCGGCGCGCACGGGCGACGUGGAGACUGCGCGCGCGAUACUGGACGCCCGCCCCCGACUGGUCAACUGCCGGGACUUCGACGGCAGACAUUCCACGCCGCUGCACUUCGCGGCCGGGUGACCGAACUUCUGGUGUCUGCGGGCGCGGGCGUGAACGCGGCCGACCUGUGGAGGUUCACGCCCUUACACGAGGCGGCCGCCAAGGGGAAGGCGGAUAUAGUACGGUUACUGCUCAAGCACGGAGCAGAUCCUACUCGCCGUAACCGCGACGGUUUAACGCCACUACAACUGGUGCGAACCGGCGACUCUGAUACUGCGGACGCGCUGAGGGGGGAUGCCGCGCUACUCGACGCCGCCAAACGUGGCGACGCGCCCAGGGCCAGGUCUAUGUGCACUUUGAUAGUUGAUAGUUGCCACGUCACAUUUUCCGGCUACAAUAAUUUGGAGGUGGCCGAGGCGUUACUGGAGGCGGGGGCGGCCGUCUCGGCCCGGGACAAGGGCGGUCUGGUCCCGCUCCACAACGCGGCGUCUUAUGGCCACCUGGAACUUGCAGCUCUGUUAUUGAGGGCCGGUACACCGCCUAACGCCGCUGACAGAUGGGGCUUCACACCUUUACACGAAGCAGCGCACAAAGCGCGGACGCAGCUUUGCGCGCUACUGUUGGCGCACGGCGCGGACCCGUACCUGAAGAACCAGGAGGGGCAGACGGCGCUCGAGCUGGCGGGCGCCGCGGACGUGCGCUCGCUGCUGCAGGACGCCAUGACGGGGGCCGCGCACGCGCCCCCCGCCGCCGCCCCCGCGCCCCCCGCGCCCGCCCCCGCGCCCGCGCCCCCCGCGCCCGAGCCCGUUGUGGCCAGUAAUUAUUGGGCCGAAGGAUCUCGUGGUAGUUUAGAAGACGCUGCAGGUAGACCAGCAUCAGCUCUGUCCACAUCAGAGUCUUUGCAGACUUUCUUAUCCAGCAUCGGGCUGGAGCAGCUGUGCGGCGUGCUGGAGCGCGAGCAGAUCACGGUGGACAUCCUGUCGGAGAUGUCGCACGAGGACCUGCGCGCGGUGGGCGUGGCCGCCUACGGGCACCGCCACCGGCUGCUGAAGGCCGCGCGCCACUCGCUCAGGGCCGCAUCAGGUACACGAACACGCUGGUUUAUAGCACAUGUAAACACACAGAUAGAAUAG